AUGGUGGCUCAGCAAAAGAAACCCCAUACCUUGGGUGAAACAUUAAUUAAACCUAGCAUACUUAAAGCUGUUGAAAUAGUACUUGGCGAAGAAGGUAAAAGGAAAAUAGCUCAAUUAUCUCUUUCAGAUAAUACAGUGAAACGACGUAUAGAUGAAUUAGCUUUGGACAUUAAAAAUCAGUUGAUUCAUAAAUUAAAAUAUUCCGUAUUCUUUGCAAUCCAGUGUGACGAAUCAACUGAUGUGGCCAAUUGUUGCCAGCUAUUAGUUUACUGCCGUUUUAUAAAUGAACAGUCCAUCGCAGAAGAACUUCUAUUUUCCCAGGCUUUAAAUUCCACCUCAAAAGGCUCUUAG